AUGAAGACCGAGUUGCUGCGUGAGAUCGACGUGAUGAUAGCGCGCGUAAACCCGCAUGGAGGAGAGACCUCGUCCUCGCCCGCGUACGUGUUCGCCCUGCGGCCGCGGUCUCGGAGCCACCACGAGCGACUCGCUGCAGCUCGGCGCCAGGACCUGGACCACGCCGCGACUCUCGAGCCGCACGACGUGCCGGUGGCGCACGAGGUCGCGCGCACCUACAGCGAGUGCCGAGCGCUGUACCGCGAGCUGCACCACCUCACGGACUGCAAGAACGUCCGCGCGUGUUGCUGCGCGCUGGGGUCGUGCCCGUUCUGGUCGCUAUUCGCCGUAUUGGGCGGCAUCGAGUUCCCCAAGCGGACGCUAUUCAACCACCAGUCCAAGCACGUGUUCGAGCAGCGGUCGGAGGCUCUGACGGCGCUGAUGCAGACGCUGCUAGCCGCACUGCGGACCAAUUACCGUGUGCGGCACUUCCGCUGCUACCAAGCCCCGUUCAAGGCUGCUCAUGUGUGCAAGGUGCUGCUAGCACUGAGCUUGUUCCUCGAGCUGGACAACCCGAGCGUGGAGCGAGGACUGCUCGAAGGAGGCGAGCGGCUCGCGAACAAGCUCAACCUGCAGGGCUGGCAGUCCGACCGUGCGAAUCUAUACUUCCGAUGCGAGGACAAGAGGAAGUACCGCAACGCCGGGGAAGUCCGGGAGCGCAAGUCCAUGGAGCUGCGCGGGUCUCUCUCCAUGUCGGACGAGGACGACUGCAAGAACCCGACGAGCGACGACGAGGAGGAACGACAGCGAAGGAGCUCCCUGCUGCUCGUGUGGGGCUAG